CGCAAUUCCCAUCCCAUCUCUUUCAGGCGGCAUAAGGAGAUAUGGUUUUAAAAACACUUCGAAUCGGCCUAAUCCCCGGCGAUGGCAUCGGCAGGGAGGUCAUACCAGCCGCACGCCGAGUCCUGGAGGCGUUGCCGGCAUCGCUGAAGCUCAAGUUCGAGUUCACCCACUUGGAUGCCGGUUUCGAGACCUUCCAGAAGACUGGAGCGGCUCUGCCUGACCGGACGGUCGAAGUGUUGAAGAAAGAAUGCGAUGGAGCCAUGUUCGGCGCUGUCAGUUCACCAAGCGUCAAGACUGCAGGAUACUCGUCUCCGAUUGUCGCUCUGCGGAAGCGUAUGAACCUCCAUGCCAAUGUCCGCCCAGUCAAAUCCACCCUCUCCCGAUCCGCCACGACUGCGCACCUUAAGCCCAUCGAUCUCGUCAUCGUCCGCGAAAACACCGAAGAUCUCUAUGUCAAGGAGGAGAGGACCUAUGAUACUCCGGAUGGGCCGGUUGCCGAAGCCAUCAAACGGAUAUCAACCAAAGCGAGCCGAAAGAUCGCGACAACCGCCGGGGAGAUCGCAUUGCGACGACAGAGAAUCCGUGAUUCCACCGGGGUGAAACCCAAUGAAGGGCAGACCGCACCGCGUGUGACCAUCACCCACAAGAGCAACGUGCUGAGCCAAAGCGACGGACUCUUCCGAGAAUGCGCGCAGGCAGUGCUGAAGCAGGACCAGUUCAAGAGCCUCAUUGUCGACGAACAGAUUGUGGACUCGAUGGUCUACAAGCUGUUCCAGGUGCCCGAAUCCUACGAUGUCAUCGUUGCACCGAAUCUGUACGGUGACAUCCUCUCCGAUGGGGCGGCGGCGCUGGUUGGGAGCUUGGGUCUGGUGCCCUCGGCGAAUGUCGGAAGCGACUUCGUCAUCGGCGAGCCGUGUCACGGUUCGGCACCGGAUAUUGAAGGGAAAGGGAUCGCCAAUCCCAUUGCUAGCAUCCGAAGCGCUGCUUUGUUGUUGGAGUUCCUUGGGGAAGAGCAGGCGGCUGCGGCGGUGCACCAGGCCGUCGACGCAUGUCUGGAAGAAGGCCUCAUCAUCACUCCCGACCUUGGAGGGAAGAGCAGCACGGAAGAGGUGCUGUUGGACGUUUUGAAGAGGAUGUAAAUAAGACGAUUAUUCAAAGUAUCUUGCCUUGUGGCAGGUCUUGUUGGACAUCUG